AUGGGUGUAGGUGGAGGAAACCUGGAGCGUGCCCCAGCAAGCCAGAGUUGCUCCUCCCUCGAGUUUCUCCUGCUCCUGUCGGGAGCCUGCGCCGCUCGCCAUACCUCCAUCCCGCUCCGCAAUCCUAACCAACAGAGUCCGGUUCCGAACAUGGCGAACGCUGUGAGCGCCAUCUCCGCGGUGUCCGGCGCGGCGAGGUCGUUCGGCCGGCUGUCAUCGACCACAGAGGCCGCCAGUCUGUGCCCCGCUCCCGCUCUUUCCGCCAGCCAAGCCAUCAUCGAGGAGAGCUCUGUGCUGGUCAGCGAAGGCGCGAGGCGUUUCGCGCACGGCCCGAGAGUCUCGUCACCCGACCGUUCGUCCUCGCAUAGCCUUCGCUUCGACGACGAUUGCACGCAGUCAGGGCUGAAGCAGGCCAACGGCUGGUCGCUCGAGAGGACAGCGUUCGAGACGAAAGCCGGUCCCAGCGCCUCUGCCUGCAGCAACGGGAGAGGCCUUCUUUCAAGCGGGAGUAGUAUCCUGUGGCAAGAGCGACCGGACUCGCCGGAGGCAGCUGUAUUCCGUCUCGCACCUGUCGGCCCGCCGUUUUCGUGUGGAGGUAGUUGGGAGCCAAAUGGGAAAGCAGGGCACGUGGCGCCUUCGCGCAGAGCCCACUUACCGGUGAGAAAGCCUCAGAAGCCUUUAAGAGGCGUGCAAAGUCUUGCCCGCGGUUCCUCCGCCGGCACGCCGCCGAUGCUUCCACUUGCGCUGCUGUCGCAGUCGAGCGAGGCCAUGGCGUGGCAGCUGUACCUGCAGCACCUAGACGGGUCGCAAGUGCGGGAACCGCGGGACUUACCCGACUCACGAGACUCGAGAGAUUCGCGGGAUUCACGGGAGUCAAGGGGGUUAAGACGGUCAACCCCCGAGGGCGUGAGGGAGAGGGCAGUGUUUUUGGAGGAGCUGGGUGUGGAUAUGGUAGCAGCCAUCGUGAAGUGCCCAGCGCUCAUGGACACGACGCUGCCUGUCAUGCGAGCAGCUCUCCACUUCCUGCGCGUGGACGUCGGCAUCUGCACGCCGCGCGACAUCGAACGCGUCGUGCAUCGCUGCCCGCAAAUUCUGACGCUGGAUGUCGAGGAGCGGCUCCUCCCCGUGGUGUAUCUACUGCGCCGCGACCUCGGCCUGGACAGAGCGCAUGCUAAAAAGGUAAUCUCUCGCUGCCCUGCGCUGCUGGUUCAGCCGAUCGACACGGUGCUACUGCCGGCCGUCAAUUUCCUGCGCGCCAUGGGAGUCGAGAAUCUCGCGAAGACGGUCGUUAACAAUCCGUCGCUGCUGAGCGUGGACCCCCAGCAGAAGCUGCUGCCCAGACUGAGCUUCCUGCAGGAGCAAGGGCUCACGGCGGACGAGGCGAAGCGGGUGCUGGCUCGCUGUCCCGCCAUAUUCAACUACAGCAUCCAGAGCAACCUGGCUCCCAAGCUGCAGUUCCUCACAGGGACCAUGCGGCGCUCCGUAAAGGAGAUCCUAUCUUUUCCGCAGUUCUUCUCGUUCAGCCUCGAUGGGCGCAUCCAGCCUAGGUUUCGCAUGGCAGCGGAGAGGGGGUUGUCUCUCAGCCUGGGCGCGCUGCUUGCCCUUCCUGAGGAUGCUUUUCUCAUCAACUGCGGGAAGCUGAGCGAGUCGUGCCAAGCUAUGGAGCAGAGAGCCAUGAUUUCUUAA